AUGAGGCAGGAGAGGCGUGCGGCUCUGCUGGCGACGCUGUUGCUUUGGCAUUGCCUGAGCCCCGGGAGCAGCCAGUGGAACUCAGAAGAGGCAGUGGUGGCAGCGGCGGGGGACAGGGACCCGAGGCUACGCUGGAGCCCUGGAGCUCGGAACCUGGGCAGCAGGGGUGGUGGGGCCCGGGCGCUCCUCCUGCUGCUGGCCGAACGCUCCCGCGCCGCUGGCGGUCGCUGGCGAGUCGGCCCACGACGGGACGACCCUCCACUGUCCAUCGAUCUCACCUUCCACCUGCUGCCACUGCUGGAGCUGGCACGGGCGCAGAGCCAACGGGAGCGAGCCGAGCAGAACCGCAUCAUCUUUGACUCGGUGGGCAAGUGA